AUGAUCGGAAUCACCUUUGCUUCCCUUCUGGCUCUCAUCAUCGGUCUCGCAGCAGGCUUGACUAUCCCCUCCGACAAUAAUGCCGGGUCUUCAACCGGCGAAUCCCCUGAGCAAAAGGAAGGCCAGCUGACAUUCUAUCAUCCUGCGAUGGGGGCUUGCGGUCAUGUUCACGGUGACAACGACGCUGUCAUGGCUGUUUCCCACGGACGCUUUGACGAAGUCAAUACUCCCAACCCUAACAACAACCCGCUCUGUGGUAGGAAGAUUCGAGCUCACCGCGUGGACGAGCGCACUGGCAAGGACGCCAGCAUCGUUGUCACCAUUGUCGACAAGUGCGCGGCAUGUGCUUACGACGACAUCGAUGUCAGCCCUUCCGCGUUCGACAAGUUGGCUGAUAAAGCCAAGGGCAGGGUCAACGUGGCCUGGGACUGGGCCUGA